AUGGCCAUGAACAAACUUGUUGUCGCGCUUGGGCUCUUCAUGAGUGCCAGCGCACUGCAAAUGAUGAAGCCAAAAGACGUUGAUAGUCUGAAACCUUCUGUCAGUAAAGCCUGCAAGCAGGUAUUGACAGCAGAAGUCGAUUGCGACGAAUACCUCAGGGAUUUGACCGAUCAAGAUAUGUUCCGGGGCGAAACAGAUGAAGAUAUGGAGAUGGCUCCGACGAUCUGCAACAAACAAUGCUCCGACUCCUUCCAAUCAUGGUAUCAAAAGCUCAUCAAGGAAUGUGCCGGGGAAGAUGUCGGGUCCGAAUAUUACCCACCCAACCUUUUCAUAUACAGCGGUAAUGUCACGUCGAGUAGCUGGAAUCAGACAUGUGCAAAGGAUCCGAAAACGGGUCGAUUCUGUGGCGAAACCUUGGACGAAUUCCCUGAUCGCGAUGAUGGCGAGGAAAUGCCCCUUGACGAGCUCUGCCAUCCCUGUUACGUCACGCUAAUUGAAAUGAGGUCAAAUUCCUGGGCAUGGCCAACGCCGACGAAUCCAGCAGGAGACUAUUGGAAUAAACAACUCAAGCUGGUCAGAGAGAAGUGCAACGCCUCAGGAGGGUUGAAGGAAGAUUCCUCAUCCAAGGGGGAAACGACCUCGGUUACUCCUCACAAGACUGCCGGCGCGGACGUGUCAAGUUUGAGCACUAGCCCAACAGCAAGUACUUCUUCCAUAGAGACUGCGGUGUCAGGAAGUGCUACUUCAGAGAGCACCCCAGGGGAGGCUAUGGCAAGCAAGCAAAUUUGCAGUUAUUGGUACGCACUGCUUAUGCUGGGUAUGGGUGUCAUUAUGUUUUAG